AAGGGUCACACAAUUCAUUACGAAAGUGAUCUAAAAGAUGCCUUCUCACUGUGUCAUUGAGGAUGUUACGGAUAAAUGGGACCCCGCGGAGGGCGACAAACAGCUGGGUGAUAUGUUGAUCAAGCACGAAGGGGACGCGCAAAAGUUUCUUGUGACCGUGCUGGAUUUCCUUAAACGGAAAUCGAACUUUUUCAAGGGCGAUGAACCCAAGCGGAGACUUCUCGAAGCUUUCAAGGAGGUGGCUGGGGAGACGGGACCUGUUGCUGGCUUGAAAGGAGGCUUCCUUGCUUGUUCCAAAACAGCGGAAUCUAAGGCAGCACCGACUGCGGACGACAACAAGCCCUCAACCCCAGCCGCUCCGGAGGCGAACCCUACUGCCGCAGAGGCAGCCCCGGCGGCAACGCAGGAGCAGCCGUUGGCGACGGCAGCGGCGGCGACAGAGUCGUCGUCUGAGCCGGCGGCGGUGGCGGCCUCAGCGGAAGCUGCCGCUCCGGCGGAUGUUGGGUCGCCGACGGCGGCUGCCCCCGCGGUGGAGGGCGGCGAGGAGAAGGAUGGGGACCCGGAAAGCUCGAAGGGCUUAAAGCCCAACUCUGGUCGCGGUGCCGAUCUGGACCGCUACAGCUGGGCCCAGACCCUGAGCGAGGUGACCGUCAGUGUUCCGGUUCCCAAGGCCACCAAGGGCCGGAUGCUGGAUGUGGUCAUCACCAAGUCGCACUUCAAAGUGGGGCUCAAGGGCCAGCCUGCCAUCCUGGAGGGCGAGUUCACUGAGCCGGUCAAGGCGGAUGACAGCAUGUGGAACAUCGUGGACAACGUGGUGGAGGUGACGCUGGCCAAGGCGGAGGGGAUGCACUGGUGGGCGGCGGUAGUCAAGGGGGAGCCGGUCAUCGACACGCAAAAGGUGGAACCGGAGAACAGCAAGCUCAGCGACCUGGAUUCCGAAACGCGGAAGACCGUGGAGAAGAUGAUGUUCGACCAGCGCCAGAAGGCUCUGGGCUUGCCCACCAGCGAAGAGCUGCAGAAGCAGGAGAUGCUCAAAAAGUUCAUGGCGGCGCACCCGGAGAUGGACUUCUCCAAAGCCAAGCUCAUGUGAUGAUGGUCGUCAACAACAAUCUGUUUGUUGACGUGUGUUGUGAUGGGACUUAAUGAAUGGAAUGAAAAUAAACUCUUCAUCUGCAUCCCUUAUAUGCAAUAUCCCUAAUAUGUAAUAUGCACGUAUUCCAAG